AAUCCAAAACUACAAAACCCACCCAUAGAAUUGCAGGAUAAGUUAGAGUCACACAUCGGUGGCAAACACUAAUCUCACAGCCACCUUAAUCCAUUGGCAAAACCUAUAAGUGGGACCCUGUUGUGACAACCGACAGAUAUCCCCAAAGCUUCUGCUCCAUUUUCACACACUACACACUGAACUGAGCUCGGAGAUCAGAAAAUCCUCAGCAAUAUGCCUGGAUUGAGGGCACCUUCCGAUUACUCGCAGGAGCCUUCGCGUCACCCUUCUCUCGCUAUUAAUUCCAAGGAACCUUUCAAUGCUGAGCCACAGCGAAAAGAUUUAGUUUCAUCUUACAUCACACCUGUGGAGUUCUUCUAUAAGAGGAACCAUGGUCCAAUUCCAGCCGUGGAUGACUUAGACAAAUAUAGUGUUUCUGUCACUGGUCUAAGAGGAAGUCCAAUAGAAUUGUUCAUGAAAGAUAUUUGGAAGCUUCCAAAAUAUAAUGUCACUGCCACUUUACAGUGUGCUGGGAAUAGGAGGACGGCCAUGAGCAAAACUCGUCAGGUCAAAGGAGUUGGAUGGGAUGUUGCUGCGAUAGGAAAUGCUGUGUGGGGUGGGGCCAAAUUAGCAGAUGUUCUUGCACUAGUUGGAAUUCCUAACUGCUCACGUGUAACACCAUCUGGACAAAAGCAUGUUGAAUUUGUAAGCAUUGAUAAGUGUAAGGAAGAAAAUGGAGGCCCUUACACGGCAUCUAUCCCGUUGAUUCAAGCCACAAACCCCGAGUCUGAUGUUUUACUAGCUUAUGAGAUGAAUGGAGAGACUCUUAACAGGGAUCAUGGAUUUCCAUUGCGUGUGAUUGUCCCUGGUGUUAUUGGUGCUCGUUCUGUUAAAUGGCUUGAUUCCAUCAACAUUAUUGUAGAAGAAUGCCAGGGAUUUUUCAUGCAAAGGGAUUAUAAAAUGUUUCCACCUUCAGUUGAUUGGAACAACAUCAGUUGGCCCACGAGGCGUCCACAGAUGGAUUUUCCUGUUCAGAGUGCAAUAUGUUCUCUGGAAGAUACAAACUUGGUAAAACCUGGAAAGAUAACUAUCAAGGGUUAUGCAGCAUCAGGAGGUGGGCGGGGCAUAGAAAGGGUCGAUGUAUCUAUAGAUGGAGGCAAGACAUGGAUAGAAGCCUCUAAAUCACAAAAAUCCGGUGUUCCAUACAUUUCUGACCAUGACAGUAGUGAUAAAUGGGCAUGGGUGCUUUUUGAGGCUGAAGCUAACAUACCUCAGAGCACUGAGAUUGUUGCCAAAGCAGUGGAUGUGGCUGGAAAUGUCCAACCUGAAAACGUAGAUGCCAUCUGGAACUUGAGGGGGAUACUAAACACUUCAUGGCAUCGGGUCCAAGUCCGUAUUGGUCACUCAAACCUAUAGGCGAACUUCCUAAUUAUUGUUACAAAUGUUUGAAUUCUCUUCGAGGGCUCGAGAAGGGUGGUUCGAUUUUAUCAUAAGUUUGACAUGCGCACACAUUUUCUGAUCACGAAUACGCUGCUAUACUGAGAUACUGAUCUUUUCGCGCUUGUCCUACUAUGACGGUUUCAAGGACAAGACGCAGUCUGGCCCUUCGUUCUUUCCCGUGUUUGUUUUUUCUUUUUAUUGCUAUGUCUUGAACUAUUGAAACGGAAUCUGUUAGUAGUUGCUUAAUGUCGUUACAUGGAUUAUAACGUCGUCGUUGUAUAUUGUAUGGUCGGUGUAAAAUAAUAUGUGUGCGCCAUGAACAAAACGAUUCGAACCACAUGGAUUAUAAUAUCGUUGUUGCAUAUUGUUGAUA